AUGACUUCCUCAGAACCUGCAACUUCCUCCCUUAAUUAUCCUCAAAAUACUUCUUAUCACCAAUCUUCAAAUAAAGUUACUCUAAAAACAUCUAUAACUCAUCCUAUCAAUGUAAGUUGGAUCUUGCCAGAUGAAUUAAAAAAUUGCCUUACAUUGAAUCUGUUAUCGUCAAAGCUGGAUCUUUUUGACAUAUACACUUCAGCAUCUCUUUAUCAACAUUAUUAUUAUGAUCAAGUUGAAAAAAAGAUACAAAACAAUGAUAAUAACACUAAUGAAGAUCUUUCAUCAAAAGACACAUCAUCAAGUACUACCACUGAAACUGUUUCUAACUUAGGUAAUUUGGCUUUAAGUUCAUGUCCUGGGAAAAAAGUUAGAUUAAAUGGACCUGAAAGAGGUAGAGCUACAAUCAAAAGAGAUUUAGAUCUUGACUUUCAAAGACUUGUAUCUUUAGGAAUUUCAAUGAUUAUAUGUUGCUUGAAUGAUGUAGAAUUAGAAUUUUUGGGAGCACCUUGGCCAAAAUAUGACGAAACUGCACAGAAACACAAUAUUCAAAUUAUUAGAAUACCAAUGAUUGAAGGUGGAUGCCCAGACUCACUAGAUCAAAUAGAUCAAGUGGUAUUACAAAUAGACCAACAUAUAAAGCAAGGGAAAAAUGUUUUGGGUCAUUGUCGUGGCGGAGUUGGACGUGCUGGAUUAGUGGCAUGUUGUUGGUUGCUUAAAACACAAUUUUGUCUUGAUGCUGACCGGGCAAUUCAAUUGGUUAGAAUGAGAAGAAGUUCUAAAGCUAUUGAAACUUUGCAACAAGUUGAUUUUAUUGUACAAUAUUCAAAUUACGUUAAAUGGAAUUUAAAUGAAAAUCAAAAAUUAUUGUCAAAAACAACUUCAAAUCAUGAAAAAGAUGAUGUAAAAGAAGAUGUAAAUAAUAAUUUAUGA